CCGCGCCCCGCUAAGCCCCGGGGAGGCUGCAGGCUGGACAGUGGGAACGGAGAGCUGACAGGAUGAUCCCUGUAGCUGAGUUCAAGCAGUUUACGGACCAGCAGCCGGCCUUCAAGGUGCUCAAGCCCUGGUGGGAUGUGCUGGCUGAAUACAUCACGGUGGCCAUGCUCAUGAUCGGGGUCUUUGGCUGCACCCUGCAGGUGACACAGGACAAAAUCAUCUGCCUUCCCAACCAUGCCCCCGCUGGUGCCCCCCUCUCUGACGAAACGUGCCAGAAUUUCGCCAGGAAGAGCCUCAAUGCCUCUGAGCCAGACACACCCCAGUCCUCCCGGGAGAUGAGCGGCCUGCGCAACAACCUGGACAUCCAGCAGUACAGCUUCAUCAACCAGAUGUGCUACGAGACAGCUCUGCACUGGUACGCCAAGUACUUCCCCUACCUGGUGGUCAUCCACACCCUCAUCUUCAUGGUCUGUGCCAGCUUCUGGUUCAAGUUCCCCGGCACCAGCUCUAGAUCGAGCACUUCUAUCUCCAUCCUCGGCAAGUGCUUUGACUCACCCUGGACUACCCGGGCCCUCUCUGAGGUCUCUGGGGAACCAGGAAGGGAUGAGCUCAAAGAAGGAAGACCAGCAGAGGAAGGGAAUCAAGGACGAAUGCCCAAGCCCCACCCUGCUCUACAGCCCGUCCAGUCCAUCUCCGAGAAGAAGGUAGCGGAGGACUCCGCAGUCAGCCUGUUGGACAAGAAGGAAGGGGAGCAGGCCAAGGCUCUGUUUGAGAAGGUGAAGUUCCGGCUGCACGUGGAGGAGGGAGACAUCCUCUAUACCAUGUACAUCCGCCAGACGGUUCUCAAGGUCUUCAAGUUCCUGAUCAUCACGGCCUACAAUGCCGCCUUGGUGCAGAACAUCCGCUUCAUCGUGCCCUGCAGUGUGGAGAUGGAGGACAUGACAGGCUAUGACCACUUCUGCUGCAACCACACCAAGGCUCCCCUCUUUUCCAAGCUGGCCAUCUGCUACAUCUGCUUGGGCAUCUAUGGCCUCACCUGCCUAUACACGCUGUACUGGCUUUUCCAUCGGCCCUUGAAAGAGUACUCCUUCCGCUAUGUGCGAGAGGAGACGGGCAUCAGCGACAUCCCCGACGUCAAGAAUGACUUUGCCUUCAUGCUUUAUCUGAUCGAUGAGUAUGACUCCCUCUACUCCAAGCGCUUCGCUGUCUUCCUCUCCGAGGUCAGUGAAAGCAAGCUCAAGCAGCUCAACCUCAACCAUGAAUGGACGGAGGAGAAGCUGCGUCAGAAGCUGCAGCGGAAUGCCCUGGGCCGCCUGGAACUCCACCUCUUCAUGCUGUCCGGCUUGCCUGACACAGUCUUUGAGCUGACCGAGGUGGAGGCCCUGAAGCUGGAGAUGCUCAAGGAUGUGACUUUCCCACCACUGGUGGCCCAGCUUGUCCACCUCCAGGAGCUCUCCCUGCUGAACUGCCCCAUCAAGCUGCCAUUUGCCUCCCUGGUCUUCCUGCGGGACCACCUCAAGGUGAUGCAGGCCACCUUUGAUGAGAUCAAGGAUGUGCCGCUGUGGGUCUACAGCCUGCGCGGGCUGGAGGAGCUUCACCUCUCCGGCCUCUUCAGCCAGGAACUGGGGAAGACGUCUGGCUUGGAGAGCCUGCGAGAGCUGAAGAAUCUCAAGGUGCUCUCGUUGCACAGCAACAUCUCCAAGGUGCCGCCCAGCGUGACUGAUGUCUCAGCUCACCUGCAGCGCCUGUGCAUCCUCAACGACGGCACCAAGCUGGUGACGCUCAACAACCUCAAGAAGCUGGUCAAUGUGCGGGAGCUGGAGCUGGUCAACUGCAACCUGGAGCGCAUCCCCCAUGCCGUAUUCAGCCUGGUCAACCUGCAGGAGCUGGACCUGAAAGACAACCAGCUACGCUCCAUUGAGGAGAUCCUCAGCUUCCAGCACUGCCGCAAGCUCGUCUGCCUUAAGCUCUGGAACAACCACAUUGCUUAUAUCCCCGAGCACAUCCGGAAGCUCAAGGGCCUGGAGCAGCUAUACCUCAACUGCAACAAAAUAGAGACCCUGCCCUCCCAGCUCUUCCUCUGCAUCAAGCUCCGCUGCCUUGACCUCUCCAACAACAGCAUCCAGGUUAUCCCCCCGGAGGUAGGUGUGCUCCAGAAUCUCCAAUACUUCGCCAUCUCCUCCAACUCAGUGGAGACCUUGCCCGAUGAGCUCUUCUUCUGCAAGAAGCUGAAGACUCUGAUGGUGGGUCACAACAAGCUCUCCACCCUCUCCCCCCGCCUGGGUAACCUCUCCUUGCUCAGCAAGCUGGAGUUGAAGGGGAACCGUCUGGAGGCCUUGCCGCCUCAGAUCGGGCGGUGCCAGGCGCUCAAGCGCAGUGGCUUGGUGGUGGAGAGCACCCUCUAUGAGACGCUGCCCACGGACAUCCGUGAGAGGCUGGAGAGUGAAUGAGAAGAGGGGACAGUCAGCAGCAGGGGCAGGCUCUUUGGUCACCUGCAGAAAGACUCUCCCGGAUGACUAGAGCUGGGAAG